AUGACUAAUAAAAAAAUUUCCAUCUCCUACGAUCCUUUGGGAAAACACAAAAUGGCAGAAGUGAAGAACAACAAAUGUGAAUGCAAGCCGACUAGAUGCGGAAAGGGAGAUGAACCAUGCGCUAAUCCCCAAUGUAUCGAGUGCAAGUAUGGGUGUGACGCCGACUGUAAGGGCUGCGAAAAGAACUGCAAAGACGGCAAACCAUGUAAAUGUUGUACUCCUGUCUGUGGUUGUCCGACUAAUUGCUAUGGAGACGACAAAAAAAGCAAAUGUAAAGGACAGAACAGUUGUGAACGUUGUAAAGUGAAAUGCAAGGAUAGUGAUAAAUGUAUAUGCCAUCGAUGCAGCUGCGGAAAGCAAUGUACUGGCGUUAUUUGUAGCUGCUGUAGCUGGUGCGAUCCGAAGAAUUGUUCUGGAAAGAAGUGCGACGGCUACGUAAUUGGUAGAUGCGAAGGUAAUGGUCCAUGCAAAGGCCACGUAAAAUACGAUAACGACGGCAAUGACAACUACGGUGCUGUAUUAAAUCGCAAUGAUACAAAUAGAAUCCCGUGCGAUGGAAAACCCCACCCAGGAAAGAAAUGUACUGGCAACAACUGCAACUGGAUUAGUGCAGACGAUAUCAAAGAUGGUUGUUGCCUCAAGUUUUGCACGUACUGCGGUGACCUAUGCGGCCAAGAUAAAUUUAGACGCUGCUGCUACAUAGCGACCCCCGUAGUUAUCACUGUGUUAGCAUUCCUUAUUUUUAGGUUUAUGCUUCCCGAGAAGUUCCACGCGAUUACGACUAAAAUACGCGCCGCAUUUCCCAGUCCUCCUAGGCAUCCCGGAAGAUCCCUGAGUAAUCUCGUCGGUGACAGACUUCCCGAGGAGAUGAACGUUGACCGCUACGCCGCCUUCCGACCAAAGGCAUUUGCUGGCUUGGCGUAG